AUGAAAAACAAUGUGGGACAGUUAAAGUCAUCGAUAUCCAAACUUCGUCCACCACAAGAAUUCUUUGAUUUCAGAAGACUUUCAAAGCCAGCCAACUUUGGUGAAGUGCAAAGCCGUGUAUCCUACAACUUAGGCUACUUUUCAGCUAACUACUUAGCUGUGGUGUCUAUAUUGAGUAUCUAUGCAUUAGUUACUAACUUGUUAUUGUUGUUUGUUAUUCUUUUCUUAGGUGGUGGUUUAUUUGCUAUUAAUAAAUUGCAAGGCGACGACUUGGUUUUGCCAGUUGGUAGAUUCAACACCUCCCAAUUAUACACUGGUUUGAUGAUUGUCGCCGUCCCAUUAGGAUUCCUUGCUAGUCCUAUUUCAACUAUGAUGUGGUUGAUUGGUUCUUCCGGUGUUUCUGUAUUAUCUCACGCCUCCUUCAUGGAGAAGCCAAUCGAAACUGUUUUCGAAGACCAAGUCUAA